GAAUGCACAUAAAGUUUAGAUAAGCUCGCGGUUCUUUAAAGGCGUGACAAGGGCUAAGAAGGAGCUCGUAUAAUAGGGACCCCAGGGCUCUGGGCGUUCUGUUAGGGAGGGAGGAAUUGGUUCAGGGGAACUACCAGUCCGAGAGGGCAGAGUGGAUGACUUGAAGCUGAGAGUGACGUGGCCGUCGUGGCUCAUAGAAUCCUGCUUACCUGUGAAAUGCAGUUAACACAUCAGCUGGACCUAUUUCCUGAAUGCAGGGUGACCCUUCUGUUAUUUAAAGAUGUAAAAAAUGCUGGAGACUUGAGAAAAAAGGCCAUGGAAGGUGUCAUUGAUGGUUCAUUAAUAAACCCUACUGUGAUCGUCGAUCCAUUUCAGAUACUUGUGGCAGCAAACAAAGCAGUUCAUCUCUACAAACUAGGGAAGAUGAAGACGAGAACUCUCGCUACUGAAAUUAUUUUCAACCUGUCCCCAAAUAACAAUAUUUCAGAGGCUUUGAAAAAAUUUGGUAUCUCAGCAAAUGACUCUUCAAUUCUAAUUGUUUACAUUGAAGAUGGAGAAAAACAAAUAGAUCAAGAAAACCUAAUAUCUCAGGUAGAAGGUCAUCAAGUUUCUCUGAAAAAUCUUCCUGAAAUUACAAAUAUUACAGAAGUUAAAAAGAUAUAUAAACUAUCUUCAAAAGAAGAAAGUAUUGGGACAUUGUUGGAUAGUGUCAUUUGUAGAAUGUCAACAAAAGAUGUUUUGUGAAAUUACAGAAAUAUUAAAAACUUUCACCAUUUG